GAGCUACAGAUCACGUGAAUGCGCCAGCCAGGAAGUGGCUCAUGCGCGUACUUGUUUCAGGUUUGGCCGGGCGACGGUGGGUUUUAUUCCAAACAAAGUAGGAGUCAACCCCGCAGUAGCCGAAUGGCAGCACCAAGCUGAACAGCCUUUCGGUCGUUGGCUUGCCUUUGACUGAUAUAAGUAGUUCAUAGUUUCCAGAAAUGGGUCCCGGAUAAAGGAAGGAAUAUUCCAGAAACACCGUGAACUACGGGGUUUCUAGUACUGGCAGCAGCACAGUGGCCCGUGGCCGUAAAGGAGCUUAGCAGCCGGGAGGAGAAGGAAUAACCGACUAUUGUUUUUCAGGAACGGAAUUGUCUUUAUACUGAAGCCACGUCCCCAUCCCUUGCUAGCCUUUCUGAUUCUGUUCUGGGGGAGUUCAGACCAGUAUCAUCGCCAAGAUAGCUGGGCCAGGCAGGAAGAGGCACACCUCAGAUCCAGACCCCAGCAGUGGUAGUGAUUCCAGCGACGGGCGGCCUGUUAGUGCCAAGUGCCUGAAGAUGGCCAGCAGCGGUGGUAGUGACACAGUGGGUCGCCGUGGAGGGGCACAGCAGAGACGAGGCAGCAGUAGGGACAUUAACUCAGAACUGUCCUCCAGUACCAGCAAGAAGAAGCAGAAGGACAGGGCCAACCAGGAGAGCAGAGAGGCCAAGAGGGCAGCAGUUGCACCAGUAGAAGGGGUCAUUGCAGAAGUCAAAAAAGAUGUGUUUGUGGACUGGAAGCAGAAUUUAAAUGAAGUGACUGUCAGACUGCGCUGUGGGGAAGGAGUACAGAGGAUAGAGGACAUCAGCAUAACCUUCACUGAUACACACUGCCAUGUGGGUUUCCCAGAUGGACAGCAGUGGAGCUGCCAGCUGCAGGAGGAAAUUGAGGCCUCAUGUAGCAGAGUCCAGUAUAAAGAAAAAGGAGGUUUCCUACAUGUCAUCAUGCACAAGAAGAUUCCCUUUCACAACUGGCCUUCGCUUAAGUCAAACAAAAAGGAGAAGGAGGCAGCGUCCACAGAGACCAGAAAUGGCAAGGAGCAAGAUAUGAAACCUGUUGCCUUAGAGUCAUCAGAGAAACCCAGAGUACCUUCUCCACAGCCACAGCUCCAGCCCCAGCCUUCAUUCUCACCGACACACAGCGAGUCUAGACGCACUGUUAAAACUGAGCGGGGUGUUAAGCGCUGUCUGAAAAAUAAACCAGCAUGUGACAAGGCCACUGCUGACUCUGUAGGGGUUAAAUGUGGAGCUGGAGAUGGCCCAGCCACCGCCAGCAAGCCUGCUGCCAUCAGGAGAGGUGAACUGCAGCCUCAGGAAUGCACAAUCAUGCAACUGCCCAAGACCACCAAGGAGGCAAUGUCAGCAGCUGCCCAAGAUAUGCACUCUGUCAGGUCUCAUAGUAAAGCACCACUAACAAACCUCCCCGCUGGUCGGAGCCCACAAACACAAAGCAAGGAUGGAGACAACAGAGCACAGAGACUAGGCAGUGGUCAGGAACAGAAACCUGGAGUUGCUGUUGCUGUCGCUGUCGGCCAUACCAACAAAGCUCAGGUGGCAGAGAAGCAAAAUCAGUCUUCAGACAUGUCUGGAGCAACAGCAACACAUAGCAGUGAAAGCCAGCUAGCAGCUCCCAUCAGCACCAAUGACUGCCUCAAAGAUUUCAGCUUCAACAGUGAAGUGGACUCUGCUUCUCCUGAAAUGCUAGGAGAUAGAACAGACUCUGAGCCAGAGAAAAAACCUGCUGAGCAGGAAUUGGAGCUGGAUACUCUAAUCCACCAGCAGCUUGGUUUAAGAGAAGCGGUACCACUACCAGUUCCAGGCCUAUCACCUAUACCAGCCCAGAGGCAGGGUACCUGUGAUGAAGAGGAGAAGCGGGACCAGUCAAAGGAGGAGCCUGCCCUGGAAAUGAAGCAACAAGAAGCCUCAGAGCCGAUGGUUAACCUUCAGUUUGUGAAGAAUGAUUCUUAUGAGAAGGGGACGGACCUGAUGGUGGUUAAUGUUUACAUGAAGGGGAUCUGCAGGGACACAGCCAGGGUCAUCUUCAGGGAACAAGACUUCACCCUCAUUUUCCAGACAAGCGAUGCCAACUUUCUGCGGCUUCAUUCAGACUGUGGACCAAAUACAGUCUUCAAGUGGCAAGUCAAACUCAGGAAUCUGAUCCAGCCUGAGCAGUGCAGCUACUCCUUCACCCCUUCCCGCCUGGACAUCACCCUGAAGAAGAGACACAGCCAGCGCUGGGGGGGUCUGGAGGCCCCUUCCACACACGGUGCAGUGGGGGGCGCUAAAGUCGCUGUGCCCUCUAGCCCUGCCUGCAUGGAGAAAAGCCAACCAGGCAGCAGUCAACACAAUCUCCCAGCCAAGGAGGAGCCUCCGAGGGUUGGGGAGGAGAAACCCAAGGCCUCUAAGGCCUCACCCAGAGUGGAGGAUGGUGGUCUGGGUACUGUGGCUCCUCGGACCGUCUCUGAGCAUGUUGCUAUUACCAAACCAGAGCCCACUGUUGCCACACCUAAGCCCACAUGCAUGGUGCAACCCAUGACCCAUGCAGCACCUGCCAGCAAUGAACGUCAUGAGGAAGAGGAGGAGAAGAAGGUGUGCCUGCCUGGUUUUACUGGGUUGGUCAACCUUGGCAACACCUGCUUUAUGAACAGUGUUAUCCAAUCCUUGUCCAACACCAGAGAGCUCAGGGAUUACUUCCAUGAUCGAGCAUUUGAGGCAGAAAUCAACUGCAAUAAUCCGCUGGGAACAGGAGGCAGGCUCGCAAUUGGCUUUGCAGUGCUGCUCAGGGCCCUUUGGAAAGGAACACACCACGCCUUCCAACCCUCAAAACUCAAGGCAAUUGUGGCCAGUAAAGCCAGUCAGUUUACAGGUUAUGCCCAGCAUGAUGCCCAGGAGUUCAUGGCUUUCUUGCUGGAUGGGCUCCAUGAGGACUUGAACCGCAUCCAGAAUAAACCCUACACAGAGACAGUUGACUCUGAUGGACGAUUGGAUGAAGUGGUAGCAGAAGAGGCAUGGCAGAGGCACAAGAUGAGAAAUGACUCCUUUAUAGUAGACCUCUUUCAGGGCCAAUUCAAAUCUAAGCUUGUUUGCCCCACAUGCUCCAAGGUAUCGAUCACCUUUGACCCUUUCCUCUACCUGCCAGUCCCAUUGCCCCAGAAACAGAAGGUGCUCUCAGUUUUCUACUUUGCUAAGGAACCUCAUAAAAAACCUAUCAAGUUUUUGGUGAGUGUGAGCAAGGAAAACUCCAGUGCUGCUGAAGUCCUCGAAUCCAUUUCCAGGAGUGUGCGGGUCAAACCAGAGAACCUCAGACUCACAGAGGUGGGGAAGAACCGCUUCCAGCGCAUGUUCCUGCCUUCCCACUCCCUGGACACGGUGUCCUCUUCUGACAUGUUGUUCUGCUUUGAGGUGCUGUCCAAAGACCUGGCCAAAGAGAGAGUGGUAUUGCUCAGAGUGCAACAGAAACUCCAGGUCCCUAAUAUCCCCAUCUCAAAGUGUGCUGCCUGCCUGAAGCCUCAAGGGUCUGAGGAGGACAAGCUGAAGCGGUGCACUCGAUGCUAUCGUGUGGGCUAUUGCAAUCAAGUGUGUCAGAGGACCCACUGGCCCAGUCACAAGGGUUUGUGUCGACCCAACACAGAGAACGUGGGUCUGCCCUUCCUGGUCAGCGUGCCAGAGUCUCGACUCUCCUACACCCGCCUCACCCAGCUACUAGAAGGUUACUCCAGGUUUUCUGUCAAUGUAUUCCAGCCUCCUUUCCAGUCAGGCAGGACAUCACCUGAAACACCUCAGUGCCGUGUUGACCUUCCCCCUAUGCCAGCAGGCUCUCCUGAGGGUCUUGGGUCUGGGGAUGAGCCUGGUGGUAGCGGUACUGUAGGAGCAGGUGAUCUGGAGCAGGAGUCUCUGCUUCCUGGAUCCAAGGGGGAAUGUGCUCAGGCCUCAGCCCUCCACUCUGUGGAGUCUGAUUCUCUUUCCUCCUCCCAGACCUCACUCUCCACCACACGGACUACAGAUUCAGGAUUCUCUGAGUCACUCUCUACAACUUCCUGCUACUCUUUGGACCCUCAUGCUGAAAAAGAGACGUCCUGUGAGAAGGCAGUGCGGCCAGAAGCUGUAAUAACAGGGUAUCAGCAUCCAAGUGAAUCAACAUCAGGUCAUGCCAGUCAAUUCUACAUAUCUCUGGUGGACUCAAACAACAAGGAACAGAGGUUGGAUGAGAGAGAGGACACGUUGGUGCAUCUCCCUGAUGACGUGACACUGGAGUUGGUGUGGAAGAACAAUGAGCGUUUGAAGGAGUACGUCCUGGUGAGCUCCAAGGAGCUGGAGUAUGAUGAGGACCCCAGCUCUCUGAGUGAGACAGCUAGAGCAGGACACUUCACCCUGGAGCAGUGCCUCAACCUCUUCACCAAGCCAGAAGUGCUGGCACCAGAGGAGGCAUGGUACUGCCCAAAGUGCCAGCAGCACCGUGAGGCCUCCAAGCAACUGUUGCUGUGGCGUCUGCCCAGCGUUCUGAUCAUCCAGCUCAAGCGCUUCUCCUUCAGGAGCUUCAUCUGGAGGGAUAAGAUCAACGACAUGGUUGACUUCCCUGUCAGGAAUCUGGAUCUGAGUAAGUUCUGUAUUGGCCAGAAGGAUGAGAUGCAACAACCCCCCAUCUAUGACUUAUAUGCAGUCAUCAACCAUUAUGGAGGAAUGAUAGGAGGCCACUACACGGCCUACGCUCGCCUGCCAAGUGACAAGAACAGUCAGCGCAGUGAUGUUGGCUGGCGUCUGUUUGAUGACAGCACUGUGACAAUGGUGGAGGAGAGUCAGGUGGUGACACGCUAUGCCUACGUUUUGUUCUACCGGCGCCGAAACUCCCCUGUAGAGAGGCCACCACGCUUCCUCAGGCCUGUAGGAGCCGAGUCGGCCACUGCUGCAGGAGCCACUGCUAGUCAGGCCUCUAGCCAGUCACUAUUUGGGACAGACCUGGAUCCUGAAGGACCACCUACACUGACCCCAGAGGUUCCCUCUGACCUUUUUACCCACUCUGGAGAGUGCCCGGCCCCAUCCUACAGCAACAUGGAGGAGGUGGACUAGUCACGAUCAGGCCUGAGGAAAAUCCAGAGCAGAGCUGGUGAUUCAGGGAGGUCCCAGGAGGAAGCGUCUGCUUAGAUACGGACACAUCAGUGCUCAUUGCUUACACAGGCAUCUGAAACAGUUGUCAACAUAAUGGUGCAAUGUUAGAGGAUUUGGAGGUGGAUCUGAGAGUUCCACUGCACUCGCUCAUUGGAUACAUUCAGAUGCACUUGAACUCGGUUCUAACUGGACACACACACACACGCACACACACCACUGAUGUACUCGCAUUAAUAUGCUUAUCCAUAAAGACUUAAGCUGUAUAUAUAGUCAUAUUCAUUGAGUGCAUAUAAUGACACUCAAACAGAAGCUAAUACACUUCAGUAAUCUCAGCUCCUGUUAGCAGUUCCUAGUGAAGGAGUUCAGUGGAGUGCCUGCCAGGCUGACGUGCACCAGUGCACCUUGUGGUCUGGUUUCAAACUAAAAAAAAAAAAAAAAAAAAAACUCACUGGUAACCUGACCAGACCUGUAAGCUUUGGCUAAAUCUGUAGUUGGUUUAUUAGGGUCAUUUUGGUAAAUUUGAGCAAAGGUUGUAACAAGUUUUUUUUCCCUGUGUGUGUGUGUGUGGCAGGAUAUUUAACGUAAAUUGCAAUUGUAGCAUCUGAUGUAAAGGAAAAUGUAAUGUUACAUGGCUGAUAACCCACUGUGGUUCCAAGGGCUGAUGCUUUUGUUUUUUUAUUUGAGGUUUUUUUUUUAAUUAUUAUUUGGCAUCUAUGGCUUUUUUUUUAAAUGUUUUUUUUGGUACUUGCGUAUUCAAUCCUGUGGGUGCGAUCAGCAAAGGCUUCAGUACAAAUUGAGCUGUGCAUGGCUGCAUGUUUAUUCAGACUAUAGCCUCUGUUAAAUACCCCCCUCACCCUCAAGCUUUGCUACAUUUCAUUAUUUCUGUUCUGUGGGAGUUGUCCAGUGUCACCCCUCCUUGUAAUGUACUGCAUAUAAAGUGGGAAUUACUAAGAAUGCUGCUGUGGAUACACAUGAAUGGUUAAUAUAAAUAAAACAGUUGAGAAUUGC